AUGCGCUUCUCAAUCGCAUCGUCACUUCUUUUCCUGGUGAGUGCAGCUAGCGCUGCCUCGUCUUGGAGCUUCAAAGAUGGCUCCGUUACCGUCGCCUCCAAGCAAGGACACGGCGCUACUGCCAAAUUCAAAAACCAGGAGCCAGCCAAGGAUGCUCUUAUUCUAGGAAAGGCAGAUACCAUCAAAGUCUCAUUGACUACGACCGAAGACAGUGAAGCGAAGCGACCUCACCAGGCCUUCAUCGUCAUUACAGAGUCGACUGGCAUCGAGGUCGCCCUCCCUCUGGACAUCAAGUCCUCUGGAAAGGCCGUGGCCUCUUUCUCGCACAAGGACCUCCCUGUCCCGUUGCUCCUCUCCGACGAACUCCUCAAGGUCAACCUCGUGUUGGGCUCCUUCGGCUCAUCCAACCCCCUCAUCUCUCCCGUUUUCAACAUUCAGAUCUAUCAUGUGCCCAACACUCCCCUUCCCACAUUUGAGCCUCCCCUGCGUUACGAACCUCGAGACGAGAUCCACCACAUCUUCAAGGUUGGCGAGACGAGCCCUCCUAUGAUCAUAACUAUUGUAUUUGUGACUGCCAUUGUGUGCACGUUUCCCGUGCUUCUUUCGGCGUGGUACUGGAUGGGCGGCAACCUCGAUCACCUGCCCAAGGCUCUUCAAACUGCCCCCCUUUCACACGGUCUCUUUGUCGGCUCCAUCAUCGCCAUUGAGGGAUCCUUUUUUCUCUACUACAUCAAGUGGAACCUCUUCCAGCUGCUGCCCGUCUUUAUGGGUCUUAGCACCGUGGCCUUCUUGAGUGGAGUCAAGGCUCUGAGCGAGGUGCAGGGUCGACGCUUCGCCGGUGAGAGGUGA